CUGUAGAAGUGAUUGGUUUUUUAAUUUCUGAAUGAAAAAUCUGAUUUUGAUUCUGUUUGGCAGACUAGUAUUGGAAUUAACGUUUUAGCUGAAAUUUGUUGGUGGGAUUUUUUUUAAUUCUUCUUUAAAUAUUUAGCUUUCUUAGGAUAUAACGAAUUGGAAAUCUUGUGUUUGUUCUAUUUUUGAUGUCUAUUCUUAGGUUGUCUUGUUUUUGUGUCCUUUUAAGGUCAAUUUCUAUGUUCUCCUUUAAAUCCUUGCAUCGUUCAAGAUUCCUAUCUUAGGAAAGAUAAUCGGCCUAGACUCUAAAAUGCCUGUUUUAAAUGGGAUAUCCAAAGAAGGGAACACAUCUUUUGGUUUACUUUAUAUUGAUUUCUUCUUUUAAGGAGGAGGGGAGGAUUGUAUGAUGAUCAUAAUCUUAGAUAUAUAGACCCAGAAAUAUAUGUUCAGUUCAUGAAAGCUUUGAGUUGAAUUGGGUACUUUUUCAGCUGAAGUGUGAUCCUGGAGGUGUGAUUUUGGCUGAUUAUCAUCAAUCAUUGAAAUUUUGAAGGUAUGGAUUUCCUGGAUUCAAGAAGAAAGAGCAAUUCUGCUGGAAAAGUUAUUGCAGUUGCAUUCUUCAUUGCAGUAUGCAUUGUCAUGCUCAAGCAAGUGUACUCACCUAGUUAUACCAGCCCCGACAUGUUCUCCCAACAUGAGCUAGGCGUAACGCAUGUGUUGGUGACCGGAGGUGCUGGUUACAUAGGUUCUCACGCUGCACUUCGACUCUUGAAGGAUUCAUACCGAGUAACUAUAGUGGACAAUCUUUCUCGAGGGAAUCUCGGUGCGGUUAAAGUUCUUCAAGAGCUAUUUCCAGAGCCUGGGAGAUUGCAGUUCAUAUAUGCUGACCUAGGAGAUGCAAAAGCUGUAAACAAAAUCUUUGCCGAAAAUGCAUUUGAUGCUGUGAUGCAUUUUGCUGCUGUUGCAUAUGUUGGUGAAAGUACAAUAGAGCCCCUCAGAUAUUAUCACAAUAUCACAUCAAAUACCUUGACUGUCUUGGAAGCAAUGGCUGCACAUAAUGUGAAGACAUUAAUCUAUUCGAGUACUUGUGCAACGUACGGAGAACCUAUUAAGAUGCCGAUUAGAGAAGAAACUCCUCAGCUUCCAAUCAACCCCUAUGGAAAAGCAAAGAAAAUGGCAGAAGAUAUCAUAAUUGACUUCUCCAACACCACUGACAUGGCUGUCAUGAUCCUAAGAUACUUCAAUGUUAUUGGGUCUGACCCAGAAGGAAGAUUAGGGGAAGCUCCACGACCUGAGCUUCGUGAACAUGGCCGAAUCUCUGGUGCUUGUUUUGAUGCAGCUCGAGGGAUAAUACCUGGACUCAAGGUUAAAGGGACAGACUAUAAAACAGCUGAUGGCACAUGUGUACGCGACUAUAUCGAUGUCACUGAUCUGGUUGAUGCCCAUGUGAAAGCUCUUGCCCACGCAAAACCUCGGAAAGUUGGCAUUUACAAUGUUGGAACUGGAAAAGGCAGAUCAGUGAAGGAGUUUGUUGAUGCGUGUAAGAAGGCAACAGGCGUGGACAUAAAGGUUGAAUACCUUGAUCGCCGGCCAGGAGACUAUGCUGAGGUCUUCAGUGAUCCUUCCAAAAUAAAACAAGAGCUAAGCUGGACAGCUCAAUAUACUGACCUUCAGAAGAGUUUACAGAUUGCUUGGAAAUGGCAGAAGUCACAUUUGAAUGGUUAUUGACACAGUUGAUUCUGCUAGAAACCUUUGCUGGAGUCGCCUAAUUGAGUUCAAGCAUGCAUUUCUUUUCUGCCAGGAAGGUAGCACACACAGAAUUUGAUGGUCCGAGAAGCUGUAGGAAACUUCAAUAAUGUGAAGAGCCUGAUAUAGUUGACAAUAUCCAUACAUAGAUGUAUACGUACGAUCUCUUAUCAGUAUAAAAUGCCAUUAGUAUAGCUGGAAUAAAAUUACAUGUAUCAUUGUACUCCUGCAAACAUUUGGAAUAGAAUCUCAACAGUUCUGAAAA